AUGGCGGACAAGACUCCGGGUGGCUCUCAAAAAGCUAGCGCUAAGGCGCUGCUUGAGAGCAAGCUAAAGUCAUUCAGUAUUGGGAAAAUGUCGGGAGCAAAGCGCACCUUGAGUAAAAAAGAGCAGGACGAAAUCAAGAAAAAGGAAGACGAGAGGGCUGCAGCAGAGAUUUAUGAAGAGUUUCUUGCUGCUUUUGAAGGAGGAGGAGAGGGGAAAGUCAAAACAUUUGUCAGAGGGGGUCUUGCCAAUGCAGCAAAGGAAGAAUCUACACCUGAUGAGAAAAGAGGAAAGCUGUACAAACCCAAAUCACGUUUUGAGCCUCCACCAAGAAAUAUCUUGCCUUUAGAAACACCUUCUCAGUUUAUACCACUAGACAAAAGACAUCUUUUGAAGAAGAAUAAUGAAAAGGAAAAGAAGAAGAGCAAUCUGGAGCUUUUUAAAGAAGAACUAAAAUUAAUUCAAGAGGAGAGAGAUGAGAGACACAAGACGAAAGGCCGUGUUAGCCGCUUUGAACCAGUCUCUGGAUUGGACGGAAGACGUUCAACGGAUGGUUCUUCACGAAGAAACCGUCCGUCCAGUGUUUUAGACGACAGUGCACCAGGCUCUCAUGAUGUUGGAGACCCAUCAACAACAAACUUGUACUUAGGAAACAUAAAUCCACAGAUGAAUGAAGAGAUGUUGUGUCAAGAGUUUGGGCGUUAUGGGCCUCUGGCGAGCGUCAAGAUCAUGUGGCCAAGGACCGAUGAAGAACGGGCGCGUGAGAGGAACUGUGGCUUUGUAGCUUUCAUGAAUAGGAGGGAUGCAGAACGUGCACUUAAAAAUCUCAACGGAAAAACUAUCAUGAAUUUUGAGAUGAAACUGGGCUGGGGCAAAGGCGUUCCCAUACCUCCCCAUCCCAUCUACAUCCCUCCAGCGUUAAUGGAGCACACACUGCCCCCACCGCCCUCCGGCCUGCCCUUCAAUGCCCAGACCCGAGAGAGGCUAAAGAACCCUAAUGCGCCCCUGCUGCCCCCACCCAAAAACAAGGAUGAUUUUGAGAAGACUCUGUCGCAAGCCAUAGUCAAAGUGGUUAUCCCAACAGAAAGGAAUUUGCUUUCUCUCAUCCACCGUAUGAUCGAGUUUGUGGUGCGUGAAGGCCCAAUGUUUGAAGCCAUGAUUAUGAACCGAGAACUCAACAAUCCCAUGUACAGGUUUCUUUUUGAGAACCAGAGUCCAGCCCACGUCUAUUACAGAUGGAAGCUUUACUCCAUUCUUCAGGGUGAAUCGCCGGCCAAAUGGCGGACGGAAGAUUUUAGAAUGUUCAAAAAUGGCUCUCUAUGGCGCCCCCCUCCUCUAAACCCUUAUCUACACGGGCCGUACGACGACAAGGAAGAUGAGGACGAGGAGGAGGAGGGGGGCAAGAAAGGAAGCCUGAAAGAAGACGAGCGAGACAAGCUGGAGGAGAUGUUGCGAGGCCUGACCCCCCGGAGAGGAGAUGUCGGCGAAGCGAUGGUGUUUUGUCUUAACCACGCCGAAGCUGCCGAAGAGAUUGUUGAAUGUGUAGCAGAAUCCCUAUCAAUUCUUAAAACCCCACUUCCAAAGAAGAUUGCUCGGUUGUAUCUUGUUUCUGAUGUCUUAUACAACUCUUCUGCCAAAGUAGCCAACGCAUCCUAUUAUAGAAAAUAUUUUGAGUCGAGGCUUUGUCAAGUAUUCUCGGAUCUAAACGCUACGUACAAAACGAUACAAGGCCAUCUACAAAGUGAAAACUUCAAGCAACGAGUUAUGGCGUGUUUCCGAGCGUGGGAAGAUUGGGCCGUGUACCCGGAUCCUUUCCUCAUCAAGCUCCAGAACAUAUUCCUGGGUCUGGUCAAUCUUUCUUCAGAAAAGGAAACUCCAGUCCUUUUGCCUGAGAUUGAGGCGGUAGAAGACGUCGACGGCGCUCCCAUCGUGGAUUACCCGGACGUUGGAGACGAUGUGGACGGCCUGCCCAUAGACGUAGCACCUUUAGAUGGCGCCCUACUCGACGGAGCUCCUCUGGACGACCUCGAUGGUCUUCCCAUUCGCCCUGUGGAUGAGGACAUCGAUGGAAUACCCUUCGAUCAGUCCAAAGAAGCGGCCUUCAAGGUGGCACCUUCAAAAUGGGAAGCGGUCGAUGAGUCUGAAUUGGAAGCUCAAGCUGUGACAACUUCCAAAUGGGAAAUAUUUGAGCAACCAGAUGGAAUGGACAAGAAUGAUGACCCUAACUCUGAAGACCCUCAGGGCUAUUCCAACUCUGCGAGAGAUGACAUCGAUUACAAAAGUAACGAGGAGAAACGGUUAAAGCUCAGAGAGAUUGAGGUAAAAGUCAUGAAGUUUCAAGAUGAACUGGAAUCGGGGAAAAGGCCUAAAAAGUCGGGUCAGAGCUUUCAGGAACAAGUGGAACACUAUCGAGACAAACUACUACAAAAGGAACGAGAAAAGGAGAAACUUGAACGUGAAAAGGAGCGCGAAAGGAAAGAGAAGGAAAAGGCGGAAACAAGGUUGAAAGAGCUGAAAAAAGAAAAGGAAAAGGAUGACACACCGACCAGGAAAGACAGGAAGCGUCAUCACAGUAAUUCCCCCAGUCCAACGCGCGGCAGCAGCAGACGAGCGCGGUCGUCUUCACCUCGCUCUGAGAGAUCGGAGCGCUCAGAUCGCUCCUACUCAAAAGACACGUCCUCUCGUUCUUACAAAGACUCUCCUCGCGCUAGUAAAAAAUCCUCCAAAAGAUCUCCAUCUCCUCGCACGCCUAAACGCUCUCGACGGUCGCGCUCCAGAACCCCCAAGAAAUCGACAAAGAAGUCCCGCUCGAAGUCCCGCUCCCGGUCCCCACAUCGGUCUCACAAGAAGUCAAAGAAAAACACAGAUCACCACAGGGUGUCGCACGAGCUUCCAGCAACGAUGGCGUGA